AUGAUGUUAUCAUUAGUACUGAGACGUUCUUCUUUGAUUUUUCAUCGUCACCAAAUCGCGCCAUCAUCGACAUUUUCGCAUAUAACAUCCGAUGGAAAUCUGACCAUGGUCGACAUAGGUAAAAAGGUUGCAACUCAGCGACAUGCUGUCGCAGAAGCCGUCGUGAAGUUUCCGGACGCACAAACGUAUCAAUCAUAUUUUAAUGUGACAACCAAGAAAGGUGAUGCGAGAUUGUGCUCGAAAAUUGCUGGCAUUCUCGCUGCGAAACGUACAGCAGAUUUGAUUCCACUGUGUCAUCAACUUCCACUUUCACAUAUUGAUAUUGAUUAUGAACAUCGACAUGAAGAGAAUGAAGUUCUUGUACGAUGUAGUUGUUCAACGCAAUAUCAAACUGGGGUGGAAAUGGAAGCGAUGGUCGGUGUGACGAUCGCUGCCGUGACUAUCUAUGACAUGUGUAAAGCGUUGAGUAAAUCCAUUGAAAUUCGAAACAUUCGUCUUGUUGAGAAAACCGGCGGAAAAUCAACUAGUUCUUCCAAAUAA